UGAAGUGGAGGGAUGACCUGCUCAAAGGAUAACUCCUCUCUCAAUGCUCCAAGCUGCCUCAAGAGGAGGGGGGGCGGGAGCAAGUCGACUACGGCUGAUGGGCGCUCCUGGUAUUGACAGAGAUGGAGCCCGGAUGUGGAAGCCCUUCUGUGCUGCCCCACUGUCCCCAGCCUAGGCGGCAGCCUGCCCUGUGGCCAACCCUGGCCGCUCUGGCCCUGCUGAGCAGCGUCGCCGAGGCCUCCCUGGGCCCCGCGCCCCGCAGUCCCGCCCGGCGCCUCGGCCCCGCUCCUGGCCCGGCGCCCCCCACCGGCCACCUGCCCGGGGGCCGCGCGGCCCGCACGUGCGGCGGAAGAGCCCGGCGGCCGUCGCCCCAGCCGCCCCGGCCCGCGCCCCCGCCGCCCGCGCCCGCGCCAGCCCGGGGGGGCCGCGCGGCGGGAGCCGGGGGCCGGGACGGCCGCGCGAGCCGGGGGAGCCGCGCGCGGACGGCGGGGGCGCGGGGCUGCCGCCUGCGCUCGCAGCUGGUGCCGGUGCGCGCGCUCGGCCUGGGCCACAGCUCCGACGAGCUGGUGCGUUUCCGCUUCUGCAGCGGCUCCUGCCGCCGCGCGCGCUCGCCGCACGACCUCAGCCUGGCCAGCCUGCUGGGCGCCGGGGCCCUGCGGCCGCCCCCGGGCUCGCGGCCCGUCAGCCAGCCGUGCUGCCGCCCCACGCGCUACGAGGCGGUCUCCUUCAUGGACGUCAACAGCACCUGGAGGACCGUGGACCGCCUGUCGGCCACUGCCUGCGGCUGCCUGGGCUGAGGCCUCGCUCCAGGGCUUGGCGGACUGCACCCUUCCCCGCGGCUCCUCGCACCCCGGGGCCCUCUCGCAGGAGAGCCGGGCGCCGGGGGGGGGGCGGGGAGCUCAGUCAGAGGUGGAGGCCUCAGCCCGGGGGCGGGGGGGGAGUGAUGGCCACGAGCCCUCGAGAGGCGUUGGGACGACUGACCUGCCGCGCCAGGGUCCUCGCCCUGCAGACGCCAGACGCCUCAGCCCUGGAGACCUUAGGACCCGCUCCUCACAGACUCUGGCACUGACUUGGCCUCGGGAGAACCCAGCCGUGCCCGAGGCCCCAAGCGUCAGCCCAGGCCCUGGGGGCGCGGAAUCGGAGGAGACACCCUGCAGUCGCGUCGCCCGCGCGGGCCUGUACUCACUCGUGGGAGCCGGACCCCUAUUUAUUAUUCCUAAGUUAUUUAUUUACUUCCGUGGUUUGUCAGAGCCUUUCCUGGGCAGUGGGGCCGGAUGGGUAACAGCAGCUGGAUGGGGAUCAUGCGCUGGCCAUCCCACUCACUUCAGGCUGACUCGGCAAUCACAGGCCUGG